UUCAGCAGACAUUUAGCCAUGACGGAACCAAUUCAAACCGACUAUCCCGAUACUGACUGUACCAUCGACGACGACAGUGAACCCGAACUGGAUGACUUCUGCCGCGAGUGUGACGCACUCUACAACAAGCUGGUGGACGUGAACGUCACGGCUACCUACCGGGGCAAGAAGUUCAAGAAAGACUCGAGGACGUGGCUUCACAAAAACCGGAAGGAUGACGCCGACAUCGACAUCGACAGAGACGAACUGGACACCGGUACCGACAAAUACCUCGACGAGGACGGCUACGAGUUCGCGUACUCCGUCAUCGACAAGAACGGCCGCCGCUUCAAGAAGGACUCGAGGGUGUGGCUGCACAAGAUGUCCAAGGCGACGGAGCGGCAGCAGCGCGACGAGAACACGUCGUGCGACCAGUAUCUGGACGAGGCGUCGCUAACAGCCAUCUCGCAGAUCACCAUCGGUAGAUACGGCCGCGAGAAGAUGGAGAAGAUCGGCAAGAAGUGCAUCGGCUAUUUCCGUGCGGGCUUCGUCGAGAAGAUGAUCACGGCCGGACUUCACCGAACCCGGAAGAGACGGAAACUGGGCGCCUCGGCCCCGCUGUGCGUGAUCGGCGCCAACGAUCUGAACGUGCGGCGCGUACCCACCUGCGCGUUCGCGCACAAACACCGCCGGUCCGAGCUGAUGUUCUCGGCGAUUUCCGAGAGCGGGGAGGACAACCUGUCAGACUCGUCGAAUCGCGCUUCGAGGUCCUCGUCACAGGCGAGUCUGGACGAGGUGGACGCCUCCAACUCCGCAGACGGGUCAAGACACAUCUCCAACUCGGCAGACGACCUGUCGCGCGGAUCCAGACAGAUCAAGUCGGGCAGCUUGUUGGGCUGGGACGGCGAUAACUCACCUUUAACGUCAGAAGGGUGCUACGACUUAGCGGCUGAUUCGCGCAUCAAGGCAGCCAGGUUCGUGCUGUCCUGCUCGGAUUCCAAGUUGUCGGAGCUGCACGAAGACGACUCGGCGUCCGGCGACUCGGGGGAUGAACUGCCCUCCGGAAGUCGGCUCGAGCUCAGCCGAACGAGAAGUGACGUCAGUGACAAGCAACGUGACGUCAUCGCAGAGUUGAUCCGAAACUGCACCCCUUGACGUACUGCCAUGAUUGUCCAAUGACAAUCCUUAUUCUGACAUCGGUUGUCCAGUGACGUACUAGAAUUAUAUUACGAUGACUACAGAAACAUUAAAUAUUGUCAUGCAGUGACGUACUAGAAAUAUAUUACAAUAACUACAGAAACAUUAAACACUGUCAUGCAGUGACGUACUAGAUAUAUAUUACAAUGCCUACAGAAACAUUAAACACUGUCAUCCAGUGACGUACUAGAAAUAUAUUACAAUGCCUACAGAAACAUUAAACACUGUCAUCCAGUGACGUACUAGAAAUAUAUUACAAUGCCUACAGAAACAUUAAAUAUUGUCGUGCAGUGACGUACUAGAUAUAUAUUGCAAUGACUACAGAAACAUUAAAUAUUGUCGUGCAGUGACGUACUAGAUAUAUAUUACAAUGACUACAGUACCAUUAAAUAUUGUCGUGCAGUGACGUACUAGAUAUAUAUUACAAUGCCUACAGAAACAUUAAAUAUUGUCAUGCAUCAACAGAUUAAUAACGUGUAUGCGUUUACCUGACUCCAGACAUGUCUUACAUAUUGCCAAUGAUCUAAUUGAUAUAUAUUAUAACUGUUCAAACUUAAUGGUAUUUUUAGUAUACAAUUAAAUAAAUACCUAUAGUCCAUCCCAUGCUCCAUGGA